CCCUGCUUCGCUUCUCUCCUCAAAUAUAAAAUCUCGCAAGCCAAAACCCCUGCCCUUUUACCCCUGCAAUUACUCGCUCUUCCCCUCCUUUGCCCUUCUCCUUCCCCGUUUUCCCCUUUUUACCCAAACCCCGCCAACUCUUUCUCCCUUCUCUCCCUUUCAAAUUUCUCCACACCCUCCCCUGGCUCUCUCUGCUCAAUUUUCAAUUUCCAUGUUCUCUUUGAAGAGUUAUCUUCCGGUUCUGUUUGAGACCAAAUCACUGUCAGAUUAGAGCUUCCUCUGGUUGUUAGUUGAGAUUUUGCUUGGAUUUAUAAAGGGUAGGCUACCAGUUUUUGAGUUAUGGCAAACCGUGAGUUGUUGAUAGGGCAAAAUCAAGAUUCCUCAUUGCGGCAGAAUCAAUAUGUAGGAAUAGGGCAUAAUGCCGACUUUGUUCUUAAUGGUAAUCAUGAUUUACUACGUCCAGAGCAGAUCCGUGACUGUGAUUUGGUUACCAGGCCUGCUCAUGAUCAUGACUUGGGUUCAGGACAUAAUCAUGAUCAUAAACUAGCAACUUGUCAGACACAUGCAAAUGAUCUAGCUCUGCCACUUGAUUAUCUACAUAAUUUUGAAGAGAAUGGAUUAGAUAUGGAUCAAAUAAACUACCCUGAUGCUGAGAAAGACCAUACUGAUGUUGAGGAACAUGAUGAUCAAUUCCCUGCUGUUGCUCAGAAUCAUGAGUUUGCUUUGCAUGAUAGUAGUGAAUUGACUUUUGUGGAGAAGCAGGAUCUUCAGGACAAUUUAAAUUCAGACAUGCGGCGAAAUCAGGAAAUGAGUUUCGUACCUGCAUCAGACAUGUUUUCUCAACAGCAACAGCUGGUAGUUGGUGCUCCUGUGCUUCAGUGCCGUACAUUAUUUCCAGUGCCAAACCAUGAAUUGGCUGUUGGAAAAGAGUUCCCUGAUGUCCACAGCUGUAGGAGGGCUCUGAGAGAUGCAGCUAUUGCUCUUCGCUUUGAGAUGCAAACAAUAAAGUCUGACAAGACUCGUUUUACUACCAAAUGUGCGAGUGAGGGAUGCCCUUGGAGAAUACAUGCUGCAAAACUUCCUGGUGUUCCUACUUUUACCAUUAGGACCAUCCAUGAUGAACAUACCUGUGGAGGGAUUACCCAUCUUGGUCAUCAACAAGCCUCAGUCCAGUGGGUUGCAGAUGCUGUAGCAGAAAGCCUCAAGGAAAAUCCUCAUUAUAAACCCAAGGAGUUAUUGGAAGAGAUUCACCGUGUUCAUGGAAUCACUUUGUCAUACAAGCAAGCAUGGAGGGGCAAGGAGCGCAUCAUGGCUGCUGUGCGUGGCUCUUUCGAGGAAGAUUAUCGCCUCCUCCCUCAAUAUUGUGAUAUGAUCAGAAGAACAAAUCCAGGAAGUAUUGCUCUGGUUUAUGGGGAUCCCACUGAUAACUGUUUUCAACGCCUUUUCAUUUCAUUUCAAGCAUCCAUACAUGGUUUUCUGAAUGCAUGCCGACCUCUUAUUGGACUUGAUAAAACUAUAUUGAAAAGCAAGUACAUGGGGAGCAUGCUUUUUGCCUGUGGUUUUGAUGGAGAUGGUGCUGUGUUCCCUCUUGCAUUUGGGGUGGUCAAUGAGGAAAAUGAUGCCAAUUGGAUGUGGUUCCUCUCUGAGUUGCACUAUCUGCUUGAGAUUAAUGCAGAGAACAUGCCAAGACUUACCAUCUUGUCUGAUAGACAGAAGGGUGUUGUAGAUGCUGUAGAAGCAAACUUCCCGACAGCUUUUCAUGGGUUCUGCAUGCAUCAUCUCAUUGACAGUUUCCGGAAGGAGUUCAACAGUUCUGUAGUUAUCAACCUUUUCUGGGAAGCUGCUUAUGCGCUCACCGGCAUUGAGUUUGAAAAAAAAAUCAUUGAGAUUCAAGAAAUCUCACCAGACGCUGCUACUUGGAUUCGCAAUAUUCCUCCUCGCUUUUGGGCCACAGCACAUUUCGAAGGGACAAGGCUGGGACACCUGACUGCCAGCAUAGUGGAAUGUUUAAAUUCUUGGAUAGCAGAGGCCUCUGGCUUUCCAAUAAUUCAAAUGAUGGAGUGUAUCCGUCGGCAACUGAUGGCUUGUUUCAACGAGCGUCGCGAGACAAGCAUGCAGUGGACAGGCAUUCUUGUUCCCCCUGCGGAAAGGGUUGUAUUGGAGGCCGUUGAGCGUGCAUACACUUACCAAGUGUUCAAAGCAAAUGAAGCCGAAUUCGAGGUUCAAACCCAUAAUGAAGGAGCAUUUGUAGUAGAUAUUCGCACACGAAGCUGUUAUUGUCGUGGAUGGGAGCUGAGUGGACUCCCAUGUGCUCAUGCUGUGGCUGCUCUCCUUUCUUGUAGACAAAAUGUGUAUAGGUUUACAGAAAGUUGUUUCACAGUGGCAAGUUACCGUAAGGCAUACUCCAAUAAAAUACACCCUGUUCCUGAUAAAGCCCUUUGGAAAGAGAUGUGUGAACAAUUUCCAAAUGAAGGAGAUAAAGAAGUUGAGGUCAUUAUAAAGCCACCCAAGCCGCUUCAGAAGCCUGGGAAACCAAGGAAGAGGCGAGCUCGUGCAGAAAAUGUUGGUCGGGCAAAACGGAUGGUGCAUUGCAGUCGCUGCAAUCAAACCGGGCAUUUCAGAACUACAUGUACAGCACCCAUAUAGAAACUCAAUUUUCAAGGUUUUUUUUUUUUUUACUGUGCAGACAGAAAAAUAGUUUUUUUCAAAAUUUUAGAGUUGCAAUUGUUAGCUCUAGUUUAGAAAGACACAGAUAAAGUUUGUGUUUAUAGGUUUUCCUUAGAUAAGUGAAUACCUAUGGAGAAUUUUUAGAGCUCCUUGUCUCAUGUUUUCAAUCCUUUUAGCUUUCAACAAACAUGCUAUCAGCUUCAGAUCAUUUUGGUUAAACUAUAUCUUUUGGGGCUGCGUGCUCUAAUUGCUUUGUGCCCUUGUCAUCUUCGCAAAACAAACAUUUCCACUGAAUCAACAAUUUAUAUGGAUGACCGGGUUCCCUUAGGCCAUCAGAUUCCAAUCACUUUUCUCUAUCAAAAUAAUAAAUAAACAGCUCAUUCUCUUGGGUAAGGCUGCCCUGAUUUGGUGCAUCGUUUCCCUGUAUUGAAAUUUUGGUACAAGAAUAAAAAUAAGGAACGCUAAAAUGAGUUCUCCGUUGAAAUCUUUCAACCGCUAUCAGUCUUCCUCUUUCACGUAGGAGUGCGAGAUUUUACACAAAUGUGAUGAGUGUUUGGAUCCUCAACUA